AAAAAAAAAAAAAAAAAGAAAGGCAUGGGAAGGGUUCCUUGCUGUGAUAAAGUGGGCAUAAAAAAGGGGCCAUGGACGCCGGAAGAAGAUAUCAUUCUGGUCUCCUACAUCCAAGAACACGGCCCUGGCAAUUGGCGCUCCGUUCCCACUAACACAGGAUUGUUGCGAUGCAGCAAGAGUUGCAGGCUCCGGUGGACCAAUUAUCUCCGGCCGGGAAUAAACAGAGGAAAUUUCACUCCCCAUGAGGAAGGAAUGAUCAUUCAUCUUCAAGCUUUAUUGGGUAACAAAUGGGCGGCCAUAGCUUCAUAUCUUCCUCAGAGGACGGAUAACAAUAUAAAGAAUUAUUGGAAUACCCAUUUGAAAAAGAAGCUUAAAAGAUUACAGUCCGCCGCCGUUGACUCGCCGGAGCCGUCCGAGUCCGCCGCCAGUCAUUUUCACUCCCAGUGCUUGCCAUCGCAGCUCGCUGGAAACAGAGCAACCACCUACGCCUCGAGCGCCCAGAACAUUUCGCGGCUUCUUCAAGGUUGGAUGAGAUCUUCACCGGAGGAAUCUCGCCAGGGAAUCGGCGGGGAGAAUUCUGGCACUGCCGUGCAGCAGCAGCUGAAGGAGGAAUUGAACGGCGGCGAGCUGGUUUCCGGUGAAGAAUUUGAUUCGAUUUUGUCGUUUGAGAAUUGGAAGAAAGUGAGUUCUUGUGAGGAUAAAGAGGAACAUGUUGGAGAGGAGCAAAGAUUUGAAAACGUCGGCGCUACGGCCGUAGCUGCGACGGCGCCGCCACUGUCGUUUCUUGAGAAGUGGCUGUUUGAAGAAGGCGCCACCGGGCAAGUGGAGGAGAUGAUGGAGUUGCCGCCGGUGUUCUAACAAAAAAAAAAAAAAAA